UUGUUGCAGAAACAAUAAUUAUUACAAAUGGCAUCCAUCAGUACCGUUAUUGUCUGGAAUUCAACCCAGCUUUAUGAAGGAUCCAAUACCACACAAGAAGAGAUAAGACAUUACCUGCAAAAACUUAAUCACGACAUUUUCAUUAAAUUACUUCCAUCUGUAAUUGUAUUCAUAGCUUUAAUCGCUGUUGGUGUUUGUGGCAACCUUCUCGUCUUCCUCGUCUACCUCAAGCAGUACAAGUCCAGCGCCAUGCGCGUGUUCGUUCUGGAAAUGGCUGCCUGUGAUUUUCUAACAAAUAUUUUAGUCAUCCCAUGGUUGAUUCAGGAUGCGAGAUACAGCUACACAAGUAACUCCCAUUUCUGCAGGUUUCAGUGUUUUGUAGGGACAUUCCCUGUAAUCAUGUCCUACCUGAUACUAGCGUGUGUUGCCUUUGAUCGUCGUCGUCGAGUCUGUCAGGUCCACAAACGACAACUCAGCCCGAGACAAGCGAUGUUCCUGUUGAUUCUUCCGUUAGUCUUAUCUUCUUCUUCCAUGGCUCCUUUCGCUUAUUUGUAUGAUACAAUGCCUCUGGAGACAGACAGACCUGGAAUAACAGGAACAUCGUGCGGGUUUACAGAAAUACCUCUGACAAUAAAAGCGAAACAGUUGUAUGGAGUUGUUCUGAUGAUUCACUUUCUUGUCGGACUUGUAGUCCUGACAGUUUGCUAUGUACAUAUCGCAUUCCGGAUUUACCAACAGAAAAAGAGGCUUUUUGUUAGACAAAUAAACUCUAGUGUUACUUCUUCUGUAACGAAAACGAACCUGAUCGAAGACAUUGUUUCUAGUCAAAAAGAACAGCAUACCUUUCAAAAGAAAUUCAUCAGAGUAGCUGAAUCCGAAGUAGGUACAGAAAAAGCUAGUAACCAGGAAGAACAUGAACGGGGCAAGAAAAUGGAAGCUUCUUUGGACGCCUGUAUUCCUGACACUCCGAGCAUUUCCUACCAGACAGAGGUUUUCGAAUGUUUAUCCGACUCCCAGACUGCCCAGGCAACAAUACAAUUUCCAGAAAGAUCUUUCGACAAACCAUACUCUCAUGGAUCUGCAAAUCUUUCAGAACCCACAGUCAAGGCCUCAACGACAAACACAACUCACGACAGCACAUGUACAAAAAAGUCUUCUGUUUGGUCAUGGGGCACCAAAGAUCGUGAAAUAAAAGUAAGGAGACUGACUGUUAGUUCAGAAGGUAGUCAACGGAAGAGGACUCAUUUGUCCAGAACUACCCUCAUGAUGCUCGUGCUGACCAUCGCAACAGUUAUCUGCUGUUCUCCAUACAUUGCUCUAGCGAUUGCGAAAGUGCAGUAUGUUAAUGUUCACAUCAGCGCAUGGAAGAUGAACAUGUAUUUUCUUGCCCGCUUUUUCCCUUCUGUCAGCAGCAUUAUCAACCCUUUCAUCUACAGCUUUUGUAAUCCCACGUUUCGUCUGCAAUGUCGUCGAUUUCUCACUAAUGUGCGGAAUGGCCUCUGUAAGUAAUAAUGUAAGGCCUCUUAUACACCUGUGAGACCAGCCCUUUGGAUCCCUUCUUUUUUAUUCAUCUGAACGUUCUAUCAAGCACGAAAGGUAGGCGAGAGUAAUUGCCUUUACCCUAAUGUGGGUAAUUUAGGGGCAACGAGAGGUAAUGGAGGGUGAUAGAGUGAGGGGUAUCCAUGAGCAUAUGAAACAUCAGUAACACGAUAUAAAGCUGUUUAUUUUCCCAGAUGCUGAGGCAAUUCAAACUUGUGAAGAAAUUUGCAAAUUAAUAGCCUUAAGUUGGAAACUGUUUUUUUUAUAUAACUUUUUGUAAUAUAUAGAUGCUGUUUUCACUUCAAAAAAGAUGUUUCUUACCAGUUUUCACAAAAAAUGUUGUCUUAUUACAUUUUAGCAUCAAUUUCAUAAUCAUCAAUUGUUUUAAAAGAAAAAUUGGUAUUCGUGUGUUUUGUAUUAAUACCUUUUAAACUUGUACUUUCAUUGUUUUUUUGAAAAAGUUAUAUUGUGUUUUACUUAGCUCUUUUUAUUACUCUUUAGAAGAUAAGAAUAAUUUAAAUUAAUGCUCCUCCAUUAUAUGUUUAUGAAUUCAUAAAUCUGUUCGACUAAGUUAAUUGAUGUAGGCUAAAAGUCAGUUUAGCUUUAGUCACAAUAGCUUUCUCCUUGAUUUUUUUUCCCCUGUAAAUCUUAAGUGUGGUGAACUGUAAAAAAUGUUAUAUUAAAUUGUGUAGUCUGAUUAUAAUCAAUGUUAAUUAAAAGUAAGAGAUACAACUUAACCUUCACCUGAAAUUAAGUCACUGCUUUAUAAAAAAAAAUUGUUUUACUAAUGUACACUCAAAUGUCUACUCGUUAUAUUUAAGCAACAAUUUACAAACACUGUACUUAUGUUUUAAAUGUUUAUUUCUGAAAUCUGAAGUUAGCAGCACUAAAAUACUACUUGAAAGUAUUAUUGUUCACCUUAUAUUUUAUUUUGUUGCUUUUUUUGCACACAUAUGUAGAUACACAGGACAGAAAUUGAUUAGAACAAUGAAUUUUGCUUUUACUAUUACAUUAAUUUUAUUGCUAAUAUUCUAUUUUAUUGAAUUUUUGUUCAUAGCCCCUUCACAUACACAUUGUAGUAUGAAUAGUAAUAUAUAUUUAUAUUCUAAAAUACUUGUUUUUAGUAUAUAUUUUUUUGAAGACCUAGAUAAAAUAUCCACCACAUGCAUAGUUAUUAACUUACAGUCAUUGAAUGUUUUUUCCUACAAUAAAUAAAGACUAU